UUCUGAUGCCCGUUGUGCAUUAGUGCAUUGACGUACAUAAACGCGCAGGUGUAAUGGAUAAGUGUUGUCGGUAUAUUUUGAUGUCUGUUUUUGGUUGUCUGACUCUGUAUUUGAACGCGACAUCACCUGUUGAUAUACAUCCAAAUAUGAAGUUGAUCGUCAAAUGUUUUGUUGAAGACUGCCAUGUAACAGAGCAAUGGACGUUUCGAUGGGAAGAUGAAAAUAAAACUGAAAUAAAGACUUGUAAACAAACAGAGGAAUGCCUGUUUACACUGAAUUAUACGGAAGAUGAAGAAAUGACAUACAUUUGCAUCGCAUGGAAAUCAGACGAGCUUCUUAGCAUUUCAUUGACAGUUUUAAACACAAUAACAGAAGAAGCAGCAACCAACCCUGAACUAGAUGUUACCCAACACUGGUACAUGAAUAUGCCGGUCAUUUACGUCGUAUCAGGGACAUCUGUAGUUUUUACACUAGCAACGUUAACCGGACUUCUAUGUAGGCGAUGUAAACAUCAUGAAUACCAUCUAAUUAGUUCAUCAAUACUGAAGUUUAUGAAACGCUUCUACGUCGAAGAAAAACUGCAGGCAAAGAUCGAAGUGCACAUGUGUACGAUGAUGUCCAGGCUAAUUUAGAGAUAACUGCGCUUCACAAUCUAAGAGGAGUAUCUGCACGAGCCAUCGAGAGCAAAGACGCACCACCACUAUUGGAUAUGGAAG